UCUGGGUAGGGGGGUGGUAUAGUAGUAGUAAACAAACAAGCGCACGGAGGUUGCAUUGUCAUUGUAGUUAUGUCAAGAUGCAUGAAGUACAUUCAAAGUACCGGGCGCCGAAGGCAUCUCGUAGAACGAAGCGCGGAUCUACACUGGACGCAGCCCGAGUUGCCAAGAGAGCAAAAGAAGAAGCCAAGAAACUUACGGCGACAGCUCAAGCCACUCCAGUAGCAGCGGCGCCUCCUAACCUCCCAAACACACAAGGAGAGACACCGAAAACUUCAAGAUCAGCAGAAAAAAUAGCAAGAUUCAGCACGUCAGUCUCAAAAACAGAUAGUGAAUAUUUUUUAGUUGACUCUGGACUCUUACAAAAGCUAAUAGAGGUUUACCAGUGUGUUGGCUGUAAUCAGAAAGCAAUGGACAUGUGUGUUCUUGACAGACAAGGAUUUGCAGUUAAAUUUUUGUUGAAGUGCACUAUUUGUGAACAUGUUCACUCAGAAAUGUAUUCAAGCCAUAGGGUCAUGGACAGCGAAUCGUCUCGACCAGGAUUUCAGAUCAACAGGCGAAUGACAGCAGCAUUUUUGGACAUUGGUUGCGGGUAUACUGGUAUGGCUAGAUUUUGUAUGACCAUUGGUUUGAAAGUGAUGGAUGUCACUUCAUUUUAUGGCCAUAUGCACAAGAUGAAACAGGAAACUGAAGUACUAAAGAAAAAAAUACUUGAGGAAUCUAGAAAUGCUGUGAGAGAAGCCCAUGUUAUUGACAACCCCGACUUGAAGGACCAACCCGUGUUAGAUAUAACAGUAUCAGUGGAUGGCAGCUGGCAUAGGAGAGGCCACAUAUCUAUGUAUGGGUUCGUUGCAACUAUUGACGUACUAACUGGAUUGGUUGUGGACUUUGAAAUACUAUCAAAGUUUUGCCUCAUGUGUUCUAUUGCCGCUCACCGACAUGGACAAGAUUCCGAAGAAUUUACAGCGUGGAAGGAAGAGCAUUUAGAAAAAGAAGAAUGCAGCAUCAACUUCAAUGACUCUUCUGGAAAUAUGGAGGCAGCAGGAGCUGUAAUUUUAUUCAAAAGAUCAGUUCAAGAAGCCAAUUUGCGAUAUGUAUCUUUUCUUGCUGAUGGUGAUGCAAAAACCCUAUCUCAGUUGAACAAAGAGCAACCUUAUGGCAGCGCUGUAGUAAUACAAAAAGAAGAAUGUGUCAAUCACGUGUCUAAAAGAAUGGGGACAGCUUUACGGAAGCUUGUCCAGGAUGAGAAGAAAAAGGGAGUCACACUUGGUGGUAGAGGUGAAGGUACACUGACAGAAGUCACAAUGAAAAAGUUGCAAGGGUACUACCACAAAGCAAUUGUCAGUAAUGCUCCUGAUGUACCUAAAAUGAAAAAGGCAGUUUUAGCUACUCUGUACCAUUGUACAUCUACAAAUCAAAAACCUCAGCACACCUACUGUCCACCUGGAGAGGAAUCUUGGUGUUUUUAUAACAAAAACAAAGCACUGAAGAAGAGAAAAAAGGGAGACCACACUAAAAUGCCUAUCAAGAUAAACAAGAAAGUAUUUGCUGCUCUUCUUCCCGUAUACAAACGGCUGUCAUCUGAUGAGCUCCUGGAACGCUGUGCAAAGGGUCAGACACAGAAUGCAAAUGAAGCACUUCACUCGGUGAUUUGGAAAAAAUGUCCCAAACACACUUUUGUCUCGAAGAACAGACUUGAAUAUGGAAUUACCCAGGGAGUUGCUGAGUUCAAUAUGGGCAUUGUAGCCUUACAAACCAUGAGAGCUGAAAUACAACAUCAAUCCAUACCUGAAGUGAGUUUGGCUGUGGCAGCAAAGAUGGAUAAUAAGAGGAAGGCUCAGAGUUCACACCAAGAAAAGUCUGGGACCAAGAGACACCGCCUGUCAAAGAAGUACAACAAGAAGAAAAAUAACAAGAAUGAUCCAAAUGCUUUGUAUGGGGCUGGGACUGGGGACUGAGGGCAGACCUGAGGUCCAGUAAUUUUUUUUUCCUACUUCCAUAUGUGAUUCAACAUAUUAAUCCAAAGAGCAUGAUUUUUUGCAUGAUUGUUAGGCUUACACAGCCAGAAAUUGAUAAUUAAACUUUAAAGCUGUUUUUCUCAAAACUACUGUUUUCUGUCUUU